CUCCUCAAGCUCCUCCCCCCGCGUACCCAUACCUCCUAGCUGCUGCAUCUCGCAUCUGUAAAAAAGGAGCCGCCUUUGAUUCCCCUCCUCCAUUCGAGGGUUUCCCUCUUCCCCUUUCCCAAAUCAAAUCAAAUCAAAUCGCAGCAUUUCCGACCGAGCAAGCAACCUCUCCCACCGCCGGUCUAUCGUUUCAGGAGGCUCCGACGGCGCUGGCGAUCGAGCAGCCGGCGAGGGAGGCGGGCGGAUAAUGUGUAUACUGUGCUCCGUGCAGCGGUGGUCGCGGCGCGUCGCCACCAUGCUGCCGUGGCUCGUCGUCCCGCUCCUCUUCCUCUGGGGCACCUCCCAGCUGCUCCUCCCCGCCGCCUACCGCUUCGAGGUCACCUCCCCGCGCCUCGCCUGCGUCUCCGUCCUCCUCCUCACCCUCUUCUGGUACGAGAUCCUCCUCCCGCGUCUCUCCCUCUGGCGCGCCCGCCGCUCCGCCCGACUCCGCGAGGAGCGCCGCGCCCGCGCCCUCGACCUCCACAAGCUCCGCAAGACCGCCACCCGACGCUGCCGCAACUGCAACAACCCCUACAGGGACCAGAACCCUGGCGGCGGCAAGUUCAUGUGCUCCUACUGCGGUCACGUUUCCAAGCGCCCCGUGCUCGACCUUAGUUCAUCCGGGAAGGUCCCGAUGGGAUGGCCUUGUGCUCAGGAUUGUGAUUCAGCAUACUGGCCUGACCUGCGGUGCCCAGGAGAUAACAACUCCUUCUUGGGACUCUCAUGGCACUUGUUCUCGUCCUUUUGCGUGACAAUGAGGUGGUUCUUGAGGAAGAUAUUCAGAUUUACGUCGUCAGGGGAUGGCGAAGGAUUGGGACCAGAUGGUAAAAGGUUGGCCAAGAGAGCGGAGAAUGGAGGAAAAGCUGAGGAGAGUAAGGUGGAGAAAGCAAAGAGGAAAGCGGAAGAGAAGAGAUUGGCCAGGAUGGAGAGGGAAAUGCUGGAGGAGGAGGAAAGGAAGCAACGGGAGGAGAUGGCAAAGCUUGUGGAGGAACGCAGGAGGCUGAGGGAUGAGAAAGCAGAGGCUGAUGAACAAUCUAAAGGUGCUACCCCUGUUGGGGAGAAGGAUGCUAGGAGGGAGGAUGAGAAGCGAUGGCUGGAUCGGAGGAAGAAAGAGGACAAGGGGUCAAGCAAGAGCAAUUCAGAUUGUGAGGACAUUGACAGAAGAUUGGGCUGUGAAGGCGAUAGGAAGCGAGACUUGGACAGAAAGAGCGUCCUAGAGAGGCGUGAGGGCUACAAGCCUCAUUACUUUGAAGCUAACAAUCAUAGUAGUAAGAUAGUGGAGAGCAAGAACAAGUACUUAGGCCGUAUUACGGGUGAUUUCUUAUCUUCUUCAAGAGGUUUUGGCAGUGGUUCUUUCUUUGACAGAAGUUCUCAGGCCCCAGUCCCUCAAGUUAACAAGGUUAGUAGACCUGUUAUUCCUGCAAUUGACCAGAGUAAUGCAGUCAAAAGAAAUGUCCAACCUGCAGCCACACAAGCUGUGCCCAAAUCUGCUACAGCUGGAGUGACCAGAAAUUCGUGGACUAAUUUUAAUCGACCUGUUAGUCCAAAUGUGCAGCCACAUCCUACUGGCCUUAAAAAGUCAUGGCAUCAGCUGUUCAGUCGCUCAGCGUUAGUGCCCCCUUGUCCUGAUGUUACAGCUUCAGCUCAUGAGAUGAAUAAGAAGCCAGAAGCAAAUGGAGCGCACAUAAGCAAUGCUCAUAUUUUUUUGUCUCAGUAUCCUCCUCUGGACAGCAAGCCGAAUUUAAGCCAGUUCGUGCAAUUUCCGGGUUUUCCACCAGUUAAUGAAGCACCUGCCAACAAGCCACUGCCUCAUUUUCCAGCUGGACAUAUGCCCUUCUACGAUGAGGCAGAACCUACAGUAUUUGAAGAACCAGAACAAUUUGAGGACCCAUGCUAUGAUCCAGAUGCAAUUGCAUUGCUUGGGCCAGUUUCAGAGUCUCUAGAUAACUUCCCUAUGGACUUGGAUUGUGGGUUCAUCUCGAGUGAUGUCACCAAGGAAUCGCAUGUGAGGCCUUCGCCAAUUGAGUCUCCUCUCUCAAGACCACGUUCAGUUGAAGAAAAGCCUAUUGAGCCUCCACAGUUAUCAGUUACAAAAGAGUCUGAUGGUUUCAUUUUGCCUGAGGCUAGCAGUGAACAAGGCACAUGGAAAAUGUGGAGCACGCCAUUGGUUCAGGGAAGUUUAUGCCUGCAAGGUCCUCAGAAUCAAUGGCUUCUACCAAACACAAAUCAAUUUAACCAUGGUGCCAAUUUUUUGAAUGGUGGAACAAGAAGCACCCUCCAGCAAUUGCCACCUGAUACACCUAGUCUGUUCCUUCCACAUGAUUUGUCAGAAAAAGCUAUGCACAAACACAACAACUUGGUUUUUGGGUCUCCAUACAAAUCAGCCUGUGCACACCCCUUUGGGCCGCCUGGUCAUCCUUGGUCUAGGGAGGAGCUGGUGCUGGAUGGAACUCAGGAAGGUGGUCAUAUUUCAUCACCGUCUGGGUCACAUGUUGGCGGAGGCUUAUUUUCAUGUAAUCCUGAUGUACAGUUAGUGUGGUCAUUCAAUGAAAAAGAGACAGCAUAGAACUUAAUAUAGAACGAACAAGACCUCCUUGUCUACUCUCUCAGUGGUGUAGAGGUCGAGGAGAUGAGUUGGGCUGUGAUGCAAGUGGUCGGAUCGGCAGUGAAAACAGGAUUCUGGACAAUGGUAGACAUGGCAAGCGGGCGGUACCUUUGGCGGACCCUUGUUGCGCCGCCAGCAACAUCUGGAUCUGAUAAGACCCGGUGACGACGAAUGUUCGCAACUUAUUUGAUAUUUUUCUGAUUUAGCGGCUGAGGGAAAAAUGAGAAAAUCUUGUUUUGGUUACAUGUUGGUGUUGAUGUGUAGUACGGUGGCAAUUGUAACAGGGGAACAUGUGAUAUGUCAAGGUAAAUGUGCAAAACUGUUCAUGUUUGAGCCUUGUGUUGUGUAGAACUGUAAGUGGGGGCAAGGUUGGGAGUAUGGACUUUGGACAUGACAUUUGGACUGAAGAUUGCACGUUUUAUCUUUCCGCUAAA